UACAACAAACACAGCCUCUGUCAUUCCAUUCGUUCGUUUCAUUUCAAAUUCAAAUUCAGUCAGUGACGAACUGCCACGCGAAGCGCACGUCGAAUUUUUAACUAUGCCAGAAGUACACCCCGCGUUCGCGAACUCCGGAAGGAAGGCGGGUUUAGAAGUAUGGAGGAUUGAGAAUUUCGAACCCGUUCCAGUGCCAAUUUCCCACUAUGGAAAGUUCUAUUCCGGUGACUCUUAUAUUGUACUCAGCACAACAGGCGAUGAGAACCGCCUAUCCUGGGAUAUCCACUUCUGGAUCGGAUCCAAGACCAGUCAGGACGAGGCCGGCUCCGCAGCCAUGCUGACCGUCAACCUGGAUGAUGAGCAAUUCCAGGGCUCUGCUGUACAGCAUAGAGAGGCACAGUUCUAUGAAUCCAAGCAGUUUUUGGACUAUUUUCAACCAGCUAUCAGAUACCUAGACGGCGGCCAUGCGUCUGGCUUCAACCACGUCACCAUCAACGCUGGCGGCGAGAAGCGCCUGUUUCAGAUUAAGGGGAAGAGGAAUGUUCGCGUCAAACAGGUCAACGUAUCCUUCGCGUCCCUCAACAAAGGCGACUGCUUUAUCCUGGACUUUGAACAUGACAUAUACCUGUACGUUGGUGACAACGCCAAGAGUGUGGAGCGGCUGAAGGCCAUAACUGUAGCCAACCAGAUCAGGGACCAGGACCAUAAUGGGAGGGCGACCAUUGAGAUUAUUGAUGCUGACUCCAAAGAGAGUGACUUCGAGAAGUUCUUCGAGGCUCUUGGAGCUGGUGACAAGGACUCCGUUGCUGAAGCCACUGAGGGUGGUGACGAUGAGGUUAGUGAAUUCGAACGCGGCGCCACCGCCGAAGUCUCCUUAAGUGAGAUCUCCGAUAGUUCUGGCUCCAUCAAGAUCACUAAACUGGACCCACCGCUGACUCAAGGACAACUCAACACUAAGGAAUGCUACAUUCUGGACAGUGGCAGCUACAGCGGUAUCUACGUAUGGGUCGGCAGAGAAUCGAAUGAGAAGGAAAAGGCUGAAGCUAUGAAAAAGGCUGAGCAAUACCUCGUCUGGCACAAUUAUCCAAACUGGGUACAUGUUACAAGGGUUCCUGAGGGCGUCGAACCAACUGCUUUUAAACAAUACUUCCAAGAAUGGAUAUAAAUUAAAACUAAGUAAUAUUCUUUUGUUAUUUUUAAGUGAUUAGUUAACGGCAAAUAAAAUGAAAAAUAUGAAUAAAUAAAAUUAUGUUACCAUUUUAGCGCCACACACAUCACGUUUUGCUGUAUAACAUCACGUUUUUUAGUCUGUUUGCCCAAUAGUGGGCUCUUUAUAUGGUCAAGUAGAUAUACUGGCAAUAUUGGUUACCGUGGGCAACUGCCCAAUGCUGGGAUUUCUUCUUUUGAAUUUUUUUAAUGGUUAAUUCAGUCUGCAAGUUAUUUGCCGCUAACUAUAAAAAAAUAUGUCACAAUACGUUCAAAUUUCGAUUAUAAUCUCAUAUUUUGUUUUUAAAUUAUGUUUUGACAGUCCAACUGUCCCGACAACUCCGACCCGACAUCAGCUAAGCAAAGGAGGGUAAUGUGUUUAAAAUUUUGUAUUUAUUUAAUUUGUAAUCAAGAGAUUUUGCAUUUACAAUUCUUGUAUUGUUAAUAUAGUAUUUUAUUAUUUAUGUAACGGUUUACUCGCUCGUAUUUAUUGGAAUUGCCCGACUAGUUGCAAAGUAGUAACGAAUAGUAAGAAUCAUAAUAAACUGAAUAUUGAUGGCUGAAAGAAUUAAAAAAAAUUAUUGAUUUAAAAACUUUUUUAUAAAAAUACUCUUUUCUCAAAUCUGCUUUAUA